GCCCAAAUAUAGCAACCCUCCCGGCUUUUAUUGCCAAGCUCAGUCAUGCAUUGAUCGAUUUCAUAAGUCUCCGGUCAUCCCUGCAAUCCACGAUGGCUCCCAAGAUCCUAGUGAUCCUUCUCCUCCUGGCCGCAGCCUCGCCGGCAGCUUUGGCUGCAUUCGACGUGAUCGAGAUGCUGGCCGACAAGCCCAGGUACGCCACGUUCUCGAAGCUCCUGCAGCAAACAAAGGUCGCGGGAGAGGCGAACCAGCUCCGGGCAGCGACGCUGCUGGUGGUCCCCGACAAAUUGGUCAAGUCCCUGGCGUCGCUGCCCAAUGAUAAGCUUCAGCCGGCGGUCGCGAACCACGUUCUUCUCAGUUACUUCGACCCCAUCAAGCUGGACGAGAUGAAGACACGCACAGCCAUCCUCCCCACGCUGCUUUCCAACACCGACAAGAAACUCGGCGUCCUUAACUACACCAGGGCCGACGACGGGCAGAUGUACUUUGGCGCGCCCGGCGCCUCCUGCGUGGCCAAGCUCGUCAAGGUCGUCGCAGCGCGCCCUUACUCCGUGUCUAUUAUGGAGGUCAGCGAGCCCAUUUUGCCGGCUGGGUUCGUGACCUCUACAGCCGCGGCGCCGGGGCGCCGCGGAAAGGGUGGUAGGGGCAAGAUCAAGCCAUCAGCGGCGGGGCUUGAGGAUUCCAAGAUGGUCGCCCGCAUGCCCGGCGAAGGAGUGUCGGGUAAAGUGUCGUCUAAGGAUACCGUGACCAAGUCAUCUGCUCCAAGCCCCGCACCUUAAUUAUUAGUCGCGUGUCGUCUCGUGCUGGUCGGCCUGCUGUCAGGCUGCACGCACGCGUUGUUGAACGGGUGACAGAUUUUUGCAUCGUCAAUUUGUGAUUGCCAUGCGACCAUGCUCCAGAGUUCUACCUGGUAGUACCGUGGCAUGAUGGCCCGUUCAUAUUUUCUGGCUUGCUUGAACUUUCCACUUCCAUGUGGAAGAGAUUUUACACCUAUUUACUUACAGCAAAAGGUGUGAGUAUUAUCAGUUCAUUUCCAUGAUUAAUAUAGUCAGUUAUAAUGUUUUGCAGUGGUAAUUAACAUGUACUCCUCUUUUUCUUUCUUCGUAUAAUAUAAGGAAAGUUUGACAUGUCUA